AUGCUGGCGGGGCCCGAAAAGGCGGGACGGGGCAGAUGCAGAAGCAGGCAAGAUGACCGGGAUGCGAAGGGGCGGUCAAACGAGGCUGGGGCGCUGCCAGCCGUUGGCGGCAAAGCGCUGCGAAAGCGGCUUCUUGGCGCCUCAGCGCCGCCAUGCUUUCGCCGACAGUGCGUGUUCGUAGAUGCUCGCGAUGCCUCCGCCAUCCCGUUCAAUUGUUUUACCCAUGGCGCAAACCUCAUGCACUACAAAAUUCCUAGGACUAUCAUUAAAAGCGAACUUGGUCGGUGGCUCAUAACACCGCUUCAGGAACUCUUCUCAAAUUUUCUACCCUGUUUAGAGCCUUUGUGCACGCCAGUACAUCACAUCAUCGAAGCAGACCACAUCUCUCCUUGGAACGCCAGGGUACUGCCAGCUGAUGCUCAGGCGUUAUUUAUUCCUUCCGCGCGUUGCACAGUCCAGGACCUCCUCCGCCGAAACUUCAUUCCAGCCCCAGCCACGGCAUCGUGGAAGUCUACUGCACCAAUUACUCACUCUACGAAGCAGCCAGACGAACCUAAAACCAUCCCCGACUGGCUAGUUUUCGUGGACCAAUACUCUGAAGACACCGCCGUCACUCUCCUGCCUGGCGGCCGAAUACCCUUGGUAGCCAACUCACUCAUGCACCCUGGAGCGCCGGGCGCCCACCUGCCCAUCUGGUUUGACGAGCUUUGGAGGCAACUAUCUUCCGUUCACUCAUUGCGCCGGGGCUAUCUGAGCGCGCAAACAUGGGUUCGUGGCAUGCGCGGCACGCGCGCAUGGCCCGCAGGCAGUGGCGAAGAAAUUUUACACCGCCUGGAUCUCCUUCCGGCAACGGACGGCAUUUGGCGGGGCGCCGCGCCACAUCUGGCAUCUUCCCAUCAAUGGUUCAACUGUGAUGUCUUGGACCUUGUCGUUCGGAUGCUGAAUGCGGACGUUCGUGGGACCCCCCGUGAGGAUAAAGUGCGGGUAUUCUCCUCUGGGGUAUCGGGCCUCGACCUGGAGCGGAUUGGCGCGAGCAUUCCACGAAUCUUGCGCCGGGCAAAGCUCUGCGAGCAAGCUACGGUCUAUUUGCCAUGGCAUAUUGGUCAACAGCAUUGGAUCACGGUCGUCAUCAACAUUUCGAACGCAAAAAUCAUGUAUGCUGACUCGAAGCCUUCAUUCAGCACGAGGCAUCUUCCGGAUGCCAAAUCAAAGAUGCUGCGAAUCGCAUAUGCCAUUGACGCGACGUUUGGUAAGCCCUUGCGGGAAUGGAAGUUCGACGAAUCGUCCAUUGCCUGUGCGCUGCAGACGGACACCAAUUCCUGCGGCCUUGCCACUGCAUUGACAAUUGCCCACCUAAUGUUCUCGGAACGCCGUGCAUGGCAGCCUGAACGUGUUGAUGAGCAACGUCUCAGCCUGCUUUUACAGUUACUGCGCACAGUGCCCCAGAUGCACGAACCUGACAAUCUUGAGCCAAGCAUGUGGGGACGGUCACACAUCAAACGUGCAGUCGCCGGGCCCGAAGCCCCUCCAUUGCAAGAACCCCAACGUUGGAAUACCGAGGGAGAACCAUCUCUUUCCCCAAAAGCGCCGCCCUUGAAGCAGACUGCCGGGGCGUCCGCCGCAGAAGACGUCGAGCCCGAACAGCCCCCGCCGCCCUUCUCAGCGCGUGGAAGGAGCGGGCCUGGAGCCAUUCCGCCGCCGCCGCCGCCCUUGAAGCAGACCGCCGCGCCAUCCACCGCAGAAGACGUGGAGCUCGAACAGCCCCCGCCGCCCUUCUCAGCGCGUGGAAGGAGCGGGCCUGGAGCCAUUCCGCCGCCGCCGCCCUUGAAGCAAACCGCCGGGGCGUCAGCCGCAGAAGACGUGGAGCUCGAACAGCCCCCGCCGCCCUUGAAGCAGACCGCCGCGCCAUCCACCGCAGAAGACGUGGAGCUCGAACAGCCCCCGCCGCCCUUCUCAGCGCGUGGAAGGAGCGGGCCUGGAGCCAUUCCGCCGCCGCCGCCGCCCUUGAAGCAGACCGCCGCGCCAUCCACCGCAGAAGACGUGGAGCUCGAACAGCCCCCGCCGCCCUUCUCAGCGCGUGGAAGGAGCGGGCCUGGAGCCAUUCCGCCGCCGCCGCCCUUGAAGCAGACCACCGCGCCAUCCACUGCAGAAGACGUGGAGCUCGAGCAGCUCCCGCCGCCCUUCUCAGCGCGUGGAAGGAGCGGGCCUGGAGCCAUUCCGCCGUAG